CAGCCAUGUCGCCUUUGUCUGCGGCGCGGGCGGCCCUGCGGGUCUACGCGGUGGGCGCGGCGGUGAUCCUGGCGCAGCUGCUGCGGCGCUGCCUCGGGGGCUUCGCGGAACCAGCAGGUGCGCAGGAAUGAGUGGAGGCCCCGCAGGCGGGCCGCGGCGCAGAAGCCAUGGAGGCGAAAGGCCUGGACCCGUCCCAGACAGACCUCAAGCUAGUGGCCCACCCACGCGCCAAGAGCAAAGUGUGGAAGUAUUUCGGCUUCGACACCAACGCCGAGGGAUGCAUCUUGCAGUGGAAGAAGAUAUACUGUCGCAUCUGCAUGGCCCAGAUCGCCUAUUCCGGCAACACGUCCAACCUCUCCUAUCACCUGGAGAAGAAUCACCCCGACGAGUUCUGUGAGUUCGUGAAGAGCAACACGGAGCAGAUGCGCGAAGCCUUUGCCACCGCCUUCUCCAAGCUGAAGCCCGAGGCGUCGCAGCUGACCCCGCCAGACACGCUGGCCACCAAGGCCGGCCAUGGCCAUGAGAGCAAGCGGCAGCAGGAGCUCACGGCUGCCGUCAUCGGCCUCAUCUGCGAGGGCCUGUAUCCCGCGUCCAUCGUGGACGAGCCCACGUUCAAGGUGUUGCUGAAGACAGCCGACCCCAGGUAUGAGCUGCCCAGCAGGAAAUUCUUGUGCAGCAAGGCCAUCCCUGAGAAGUACGGCGCCGUCCGUGAGGCUGUCCUCAAGGAGCUCAGCGACGCGUCCUGGUGCGGCAUCUCCACGGACAUGUGGAGAAGCGAGAACCAGAAUCGAGCCUAUGUCACGCUGGCCGCCCACUUCCUGGGCGGCGGGGCCCCCGGCUGCCUGUCCGUGGGCUCCCGUUGCCUGAAGACCUUUGAGGUCCCUGAGGACAACACGGCUGAGUCCAUCACCAGGGUCCUGUACGAGGCCUUCAUUGAGUGGGGCAUCAGCGCGAAGGUGUUUGGGGCCACCACGGACUGCGGCAAGGACAUCGUGAAGGCGUGCUCCCUGCUGGACAUCUCCGUGCAGAUGCCCUGCCUGGGACACACGUUCAACGCGGGCAUCCAGCAGGCCCUGCAGCUGCCCAAGCUGGCUGGGCUGCUGGCCCGCUGCCGCAAGCUGGUGGAGUACUUCCAGCAGUCCACGGUGGCCAUGUACAUGCUCUACGAGAAGCAGAAGCAGCAGAACAUGGCGCACUGUAUGCUGGUCAGCAACCGCGUGGCCUGGUGGGGUAGCACGCUGGCCAUGCUCCAGCGCCUCAAGGAGCAGCAGUUUGUGAUUGCGGGCGUGCUGGUGGAGGACAGCAACAACCACCACCUGAUGCUGGAGGCCUCCGAGUGGGCCACCAUCGAGGGCCUGGUGGAGCUGUUGCAGCCCUUCAAGCAGGUGGCCGAGAUGCUCUCCGCCUCCAAGUACCCCACCAUCAGCAUGGUGAAGCCUCUCUUGCACAUGCUGCUGAACACCACGCUGAACAUCAAGGAGACGGACUGCAAGGAGCUCAGCAUGGCCAAGGAGGUCAUCGCCAAGGAGCUGUCCAAGACCUACCAGGAGGCGCCCGAGAUCGACAUGUUCCUGAACGUGGCCACCUUCCUGGACCCCCGCUACAAGCGCCUGCCCUUCCUGUCCGCCUUCGAGAGGCAGCAGGUGGAGAACAGGGUGGUGGAGGAGGCCAAGGGCCUGCUGGACAAGGUCAAAGACGGCGGCGGCUACCGGGCGGCCGAGGACAAGAUGUACGCGCUGCCCGAGGAGCCGCCGGUGAAGAAGUUGGUGCUGGCGUCCACGCCGCCGCCCACCAACGUCAUCAACAGCAUGCUGGCCGAGAUCUUCUGCCAGACGGGGGGCGUGGAGGACCAGGAGGAGUGGCACGCGCAGGUGGUGGAGGAACUCAGCAACUUCAAGUCCCAGAAGGUGCUGGGCCUCAACGAGGACCCCCUCAAGUGGUGGUCCGACCGCCUGGCGCUCUUCCCCGUGCUGCCCAAGGUGCUGCAGAAAUAUUGGUGCGUGGCGGCCACGCGCGUCUUCCCGGAGCGGCUCUUCGGCACCUCCGCCAACGUGGUCAGCGCCAAGAGGAACAGGCUCGCCCCGGCACACGUGGACGAGCAGAUUUUCCUGUACGAGAACGCGCGCAGCGGCGCGGAGGCCGAGCCCGAGGACGAGGACGAAGGGGAGUGGGGCCUGGAUCACGAGCAGGUGUUCCCCCUCGGGGACGCUGUGCACGCCGGCUUCUUUGGGAUCAGGGACAGCGGCUUCGUGUAGGUGCCGGCGGGGUGGGGGCGGGUCACCGUGGCACCGCCCCCCCCCCCCCGGGGUGCUCUGCUGUAAAUACCCCCCCAUGCGCGUAUGCGUGGGUGGCCUUGCCAGGGGGAGCAAACGCGCACAGGAGAGAAAGACGCGGCUGCCGCGCCUUCCCUCUGCGAGCCCAUUCGCGUCCCAGCAAAGGGGCAGAAACAGGAAGGGAACGUUCCAGAAGUUCCCUUGUGCCCCUGCUGGCUGGUGAUUGCAGAUAAUGACUCCGGGGGCAGCACAGCCAGCAGGGAGAGACGGCUGGAGGGAGGGAGCCCCCUUCCCUUCCUGCAUAAAUUAAUUCCACUCCCAAGGCCGUCCUAGUCUCCAUCGGGGGGUUUACGAUAAUCCCAUGAAAAACAUCCAGUCUCGCGCAUCGUUCCCAGCCCACAUGCCUUCCAAAGGCCUCGCAGACCUGUGAGCUCAUGUGUCCUCUCCAGCGGAAGUGCGCGCCUUGCCUUUGGCACGGCCGGGGAUAGCACGCUCCAACCCACGGGGGCGCCCCGAGUGGAGCAACCGCAAGCUUUGGGUUUGGUGCAGAGCGUGGAAGGGGCCGUGGGGACAACGCAGGAAAAGAGGGGUCUUCUGCCUUUUGUAACAUUGCUGCAGUUUGCUUUGUGCGUGUGGUCCUGGUGAUGCCGCUGCGCUUGGGUCCUGAGCGUUCUCGCGCGUGCCUGUGUGUGAGUGCAGGGGUGUGUGUGUGUGUGUAUGUGUGUGUAUGUGUCCCCAGGAUGACCACAAGGCCCCCCGCCCUCGGGAGCCCUGCUUUCCAAAAUUACCAGGGACCCAAGUGUGCCGAGGGUGAUUUCGAUUUCUCCAGGGGGCUGCGAACUCUUGCAUUCUAUCAUGUCAAGGCCGCACCACAGGGGCCUGCUGAUUUUUUAAAAAAAAACGGACGAUGGGACACUUUCGCCUUGAUUUUGGGGUUGCUUCUGCUGCUCCCGGAAAUCCCAGCUGCUGGUGACGUUCUGAGUGCCAGAGCACCUCCAAGACUAUCACAAUAGACUUCUAAGGAGGCGGAUGUGUCCGUGUCCUGGGGGUGUUACCCCUGUGGUGUCGACCAGGGGCGAGACUUGUAUCUUGACGCAUCUGACUGGGUUUGAGCCUUCCUCACGGUAUCUAUUUUUUGUGGGUUUUUUUUUUUCCCGUUUUUUCUUAUUUAAUGCUUUCGAAUUUGACUCUUGUUCAAUAAACCCAAGAAACGGAUGAGCUCCUAA